AUGGAAACUAGCAUUUCCGGUCUGGUCCUCUACCAAAUCAACCGGCCAGUGCACCCAUUGGAGCCUCUGGUUAUAUUUGGAGGGCCCAAUACGGAGGAUUGGAGGCAAGAGGAGGAGAAGGAGGAUCUCCAAGAGCCUGGUACUCUCCGAGGUGGGGCCGCAGUUCGGCACUUCCGGCGGCUGGAGGCAGCUACUAUUCCCGCCCGCUGAGUGGCCGCCCACUGCGGCAACACCACCAAGUCAGGGAAGUCGCUGUUCCGCUUCCCCAAAGACCGGGCCGUGCGGCUGCUGUGCAACCACUUCGUGCGGGGCCGCCGCGCCGACUGGUAUGGGGGCUCUGACCGCUCUGUCAAUUGUUCUGACCACUUCGCUCCAGCCUAUUUCAGUGUCUCUUCGGUGAUCCAGAAGAACUUGGGCUUCUCCCAGCGCCUGAGACUCGUGGCGGGCGCGGUGCCCAUCCUGCACUGGCUGUCCUCCCCUGCACCUAAAGGGGAAGAUGAAGGCGACCGAGCGGGUGGCCCCGAAAAGGGAGAAGAACCCCAGACAGGCAGGCAGCCCGAGGCCGCCCCGGGGCCGGCCUCCUGUACUGCCCUCUAAGCCAGGAAGAAGGUUGUGGCUUCACAGGUAAAGGGCUUCUUCACAGUAGUACAUCGAGGGUCGUAAAAGCAUCCCGGAUCUGUGGCUAGGCUCCUCCAUUUAGUGUCAUCUUGGGAAAGUCACCUCAUCUCGAAGUUUUCUAUUUACUCAGUGAUAUCCAAGAGUCUAUUUAGCACUGACACUUUGGAAUUAGAAUUCCUUCUACCUCCUCUUCCCCAACCUGUCACUCUCUCUUCUCUCUUCCUCCCUCUCUCUCAUCCUUCACAGUUACCUCCACUCUCCGCUCCUGAGAUUUUAACAGAAAGGGUUUAAUUUGAGCACAUCUCAAGGAAUGAGGUGUUUAAAACUAUUUCUGUAGAGUAUAGUACAUAAGCAUACUGUCAAAACGAUGGGGGAAGUAGAGAUGCUGAUAAACAACCCCUUCCCACUCCUAAACUUCCUCUUGACCAGCUGCCUUUAAAUUAAAUCAUUCUAAAGAGCUGAAUUUUCCUACCUUGCUCUCUUCUGCCUGCUUUCUCCAGUAUUCAUAAGCAUUGAUUAUACUUAUUUUGCACCGGGUCACUACUGUCUUCCCCACUUCCCAUCUUAAGACUUCCCAGCCUUCUUCGAGUUAGUCAAACUUCAGCCCUACCACCAUAACAUAGAUUAAAUUAUGACUGUUAACUGGAUCUAAAAGGUGUUCAGUUUUAGAGAUAGAAAGAAUUCACCAAUAAAUCAAAUGAUCUGUAAGUGACAUUUUGGCUUUGAAUAUAAAGUGGUAGCCAUAGAAUUUUAGAGCUGAAGGAAACCUAGGUGCUCAUCUAGUCCAAACUCAACUAGUCCUUGCCUUUUGACCCCCUAAUUAUAUACUCUCAUUCUUCAUAUGCUUCAAUACCACAUACAUUUCAGUUGCGCUUAUCACAGUUGUCAUGAAGUAAUUAUGUAGUUUGCUUAAUGUUUGUCCUUAGAUUAGAGUGUAAGCUAUAUGAGAGCAGGGUUCUUAUCUGAUUUGUUCAUUAUUGUAUUGCCAGUACCUAGAACAAUAUUUUGCAAGUUUUAAGGAAUUCAGUAAAUAUUGUGGAAUGAUUAUGAGAUUGUGAGAACAAUUUUUUUAGUAUAGAAGAAUUUUCAGUUUUUACCAGUUACCCUUCUCACCAAGCUGUAUAUAUAUACAGGAAAGUGCACAAAUCUUAAAUCAAGAAACUGAACAUGUGUAACCACUACCUAGGUCAAAGAAAUAGAAAAUUACUAGCAACUCAAAAGCCCCAGCUUCAGCCCUUCCUUCUUCUUCAA